AAAAAAUAAAAUAAAGCGCGCGUAGUAUACUUUCGUUAAAUUGAAAAAAAAAAUCCAAAUCCUAUGCGAUUAACUUCUUCAAUGGGAUUCGGGUCGGGUUCUUUAAUGUGGUUUCGAAAGGGUAUUCGGAUCCAUGAUAAUCCGGCUCUUGAAUUUGCUUCACGAGGUUCCUCUCAUCUUUACCCUCUUUUUAUUAUUGACCCGCAUUACAUGGAACCCGACCCGAACGCUUUUUCACCCGGUUCUUCACGUGCGGGUCUUAACCGUAUCAAUUUCUUGCUUCAGAGUCUCGUUGAUCUUGAUGUUAAGCUUAAGAAGCUUGGUUCACGACUAUUGAUUCUUCACGGUGAUCCGAAUGAGGUUCUCGUUCGAUGCUUGAAAGAGUGGAACAUUGGAAAGCUGUGCUUUGAAUAUGACACUGAUCCAUAUUAUCAGGCUAUGGAUAUUAAAAUCAAGGACUUUGCUCUUGCAUCAGGAAUUGAGGUUUUCUCUCCUGUAAGCCAUACACUUUUCAAUCCCAUGGAAAUUAUACAGAAGAAUGGAGGGAAGCCGCCACUUAGUUAUCAGUCAUUUGUCAAACUUGCGGGGGAUCCGCCGUCUCCUCUCUUAACCAAGUAUUCUUCGCUCCCAGCGGUUGGCCAUCUUGGAAGUUGUGAUAUUUCUGAAGUUCCAACCAUCAAAGACCUUGGAUAUGAAGAUGCUAAACUGGAGGAGUUUUCUUUCUCUCCUUUCAAAGGUGGUGAAUCAGAAGCAUUGAAGCAAUUGGAAGCAUGCAUGAAAGACAAGAUGUGGGUGGCAAACUUUGAGAAACCCAAGGGUAAUCCAUCUGCAUUUUUUAAGCCAGCAACAACAAUUUUAUCACCUUACUUGAAAUUUGGUUGUCUCUCUUCCAGAUAUUUCUACCACUGCAUUCAAGAUGUAUAUAAAAGUUUGCCAAAACAUACUUCACCACCUGUUUCUCUGCUAGGACAGUUGUUGUGGCGAGACUUCUUUUACACGGCAGCUUUUGGGACUCCAAAUUUCGAUAGGAUGAAAGGAAAUAGGAUAUGCAAGCAGAUUCCUUGGAAGGAUGAUGAUAAACUGUUUGAGGCUUGGAGGGAUGCUAAGACAGGAUUUCCUUGGAUCGAUGCUAUCAUGGUCCAGCUACGCCAAUGGGGUUGGAUGCAUCAUUUAGCUCGACAUUCUGUUGCGUGUUUUCUAACUCGAGGCGAUCUGUUUAUUCAUUGGGAAAAAGGACGUGAUGUCUUUGAGAGGCUUCUGAUUGAUUCAGAUUGGGCAAUUAAUAAUGGAAACUGGAUGUGGCUUUCAUGUUCAUCUUUCUUUUAUCAGUAUCAUCGUAUUUAUUCCCCAACCACAUUUGGUAAGAAGUAUGACCCCAAUGGUGACUAUAUUAGACAUUUUCUUCCAGUUUUAAAAGAUAUACCCAAGGAGUACAUCUAUGAACCAUGGACUGCUCCUCUAAGCAUCCAAACCAAAGCUAAUUGCAUAAUUGGAAAAGACUACCCUAUGCCAGUUGUUUCUCACGAUUCUGCAAGUAAAGAGUGUCGAAGGAAAAUGGGCGAGGCGUAUGCAUUGAAUAAAGCACUGAAUGGUUUGGUAAGUGAAGAUGAUCUGAAAAACUUGAGGAGGAAAUUGGAUGAGAGUGAAGAGCAAGGAACUAAAGCUAAAAAAUCUAGGCAACUGCUAAUUGGCUGAGGGAAAUUUUUAAUGGUUUUUUCAACUGUCAUACAUACUUUGAGUUGUAGUUUAUGCAAGUUUGAAAUAUUGCUUACAAUUUUUAUGACAUGUUGUAUAUCACACAUGUAAAUAUUGUAGUAAUAUUAGUGUCCUACACUCUUGAAUGAGAUAACUUUGAGACCGAUAGUAGUAGUUUACUAGCUUGUUGUCAUGUAAGGUUGUCAUAUCAUGAUGACCUUAAGAGUUUAAAAUGUUUUCUGUUUAGGAACUUUUUGUGAGAUCUCACUUAGUAAAUGUUUAUUCUUAGUUAUUAAUGGAAAUAGAUUAACCAUUUUGUAAUGUUGUUUGUAUCACAUCUCACACGUCAAGAGCACUAGGAUUUGUUUUAUAAAUGUCACGUAUAUUUGAGU